AUGCUGGCGUACCAGAUCGCACGCGCCAUCCCUGCAGUACACCGGACGAUAGAACACGCUUUCGAAUGCGACCCAAUCGUCUAUACACAAUCCACGGACACCCAGGCUCUACGACUCAUAGCCGAACCGUUGCAAUGCCCUUCUCAGCAGCAAGACGAUAUACCUUCCCUAAUCUUCGUUGACGCCCUCGACGAAUGCACCGACAGAGUCGCCUAUUACCAGGUCUUCAGCACAAUUCACCAGAUUGCCGCCGCCAUUCAAAUACAUAAUCGACGCCUCAUCAUAGGACCCUACUGCUCUUACUACACCCUCAACAACUCCCCAGAGACAGAUGAUGAUAGCUGCGACAAGACCAAGAGGACCUACCCGCUUAAAAUUAUCCAUGUCCCCGUUUUGGCCAAAUCCUGA